AUGAUACACAUCCUCACCCGCCCUCGAGCUACAAUCCGACAUAUCAAUCUUAGUCUUGAGGGGUUUUACAACAAUGAUAGUUUGCUAGGUGGGCUUUCUGGGCCUCGAACCUCGCUUCCUCCAAUCUGCAGUCUGCUUGGAGGCACAGUUCCGCGUUUAGAGUCUUUUACAUACACUGGUCGCGUAUGCUGGUUCUUCUUUGAGACAUUGAGGCAAGGGGCAACAGCAAUGGGUUCUGGUUCUCGACUCAGGUCACUGGACCUUGUAGUCAAGGCGUGCUGUCACAAUAGAAAGGUAGACAAAUCGCAUCACUGGUCGCAGAUGAGCCAAGGAAUAGGCGGAAUUACCAGCAUUGCGUUUAUUCAUGCCUUUGAGGCCAUGGUGAUCAAGGCAAUCGAGUGUCUAUCCGUCCUCCCUGCCCUGGAGUACUUGCGGAUCCGUUUUAUUGACCUGGACUCAACUUGCCCACCUCUGAACCCCUAUUUCCAACUUGUCAAUAACGAGUGCACAGGCCUGUGGAGUGAAGACAUCCUGGAAGCUUUGCGCAUGAAUCGACCGUUAGCCUCAUUUAUCGCGCUUACUGAUGGAACAGCCGCGGAGUACAAUGACCAGCAAAUCGUGGGCGCUUUGAUACCCCGAGUUCGCCCUCUAGGUAUCCAAGUGAACAUGUACAGUCUUCUUGCGGACGGCUCCAACCCUUACUAG